CGUAUGCAGCUGAGAUUAUGAGACACGCUGGCAACAUAACCUGUGGAGGGAACGGAAGCAACCCCAUUACUUCCGUCACAGGUUUCACUGAUUUUGUUUACUUCGACCCAACAUCAGUCGCUCUGAUAUGUCUGCCGCCGACUUGGAUGAUUACACAAAAGCAUUGGCCUACAAGUUUCUCAAGCUUACGUCUGUGCCAUGUGAGCGAUGGCCCUAUUUCGACGAUGCUGUCGUACCUCUGUCAUCCCCACUCUCCGGUCGUACCGUCAUGCUACUGAACCCACUACACAUUGGACAUCGCGCCACGGUUUGGCGUGCCAACCUCUAUGGUCCAACCGACUUGACAGAGGAAGAAGUACUCGUGAAACAUUAUCAUCCCAGCCCUGAUGACAAAAUGGACCGAGAUGCCUGCGUUCGCGAAGCAUGGGCAUAUGCCAGGUUGGAGACACUCCAAGGCACUCUUGUGCCUAAGUCUCAUGGCUUUUAUUACUUCAAUCUCGAAGACAGUCGAUGUUUUCACGGACAUCUCAUGGAAUACGUACACGGCGUUCCUCUCUCGCGCACUCCUGGCGCGCAGAAGAAGAUGUCCGAUUUCCUGACCAGUCUCGACAAGAUACACGAGCUUGGCGUGUGCCAUCGCGACCUGCACCCUAACAAUGUCAUCGUACGGCAACAAGACGGUGAAGAGCACUUUGUCUUCCUCGAUUUCGGCAGAGCCAAGCUUAUUGACACAAACUAUAAGCGCGAUGCAACGAUCGCAUGGUACGUGGAUGAUGCCUGUGGUGCGUACGCAUGUCUUGGGGAAAUGGAGAAUUUUCAUGUGGUGGUGGACUGGAUCUUCACGGAGGUCGACAAAAAUAUCAAUAAAUCUGGUCCACCUCCCCGAUGGACGCGUAUCUUUUUCAGUCGCUGGAAACGGGACACUUUGCGCUGUUUGCGCAACGAGGACGAGUGGAAUUAUCAAGCACGCACCAAAGGUCCCGUUGAUUAUGUAAUGGAUAAGAAAGAACGGCAGUGGUAG